AAUGAUAACAUUUACAUAACUUUUAUUAACUUUUCGUAUAAAAACUUAUAACAGUAAACAUGAAAUUAAUAUUCUACCCUUGACUUCAGUCAAACACAAACAUGUCCUCCUUUGCUUUCCUUUUGCUUUGCGUCCAAGCUUGCUUGGUACAGAAUGUAUUCAGCCAAUGCCUCGGUGCAGGCCCGCUCGGUUACGGUCCAGGCAUUGCGCCCGGCGUCGCUCUGGCGCCUGGCUUAGCGCCUUAUGGCUUAGCACCUGGCUUAGCACCUGGCCUAGCACCUUGCGGCUUAGGAGCUGGUCUGGCCGCUGCACCAUUCGGCGUGGCACCAAUGGCUGUGGAGCUCGGCGGGCUGGGUUUAGGCUUGGCUCCGGCAGCUAUAGAACUCGGCGCGUACGGCGGAGCUGGCAUUGGUGACGUGGCAGUUGCUGGUGAGAUGCCAGUCGUUGGUACCACCCUCGUCGCUGGCCAGGUGCCGAUCCUCGGCGCUGUGCGCUUCGCGGGCGAUCUGCCAGCCGCUGGCACUGUCACCAUCACAGGCAGCUGCGGGUGCGGGUGCAACCGCGGACCCUACUAUUAUUAAUUUGUUGUAUAAUAUAACUUAAAAAAUAAAAUAUUAAACUCUCUAAACGUUA